AUGCCGUAUCAUAUGAAAAUCCAACCGAUCGAUUCCGAUGUAUCGGACGAUCUACCUUUCCCGGAGACGAUGAAGCAAAUGCCGAAAUCGAGGUUGAAGCGUCUCUUCGAGCGCCAGUUCACUAUGAAGAGCGCAUCUGAGAAGUCCACCGUCGGCGACGUUGAUGCGCCGCUUUCAAGAGGUAACUCGGGAGAUUUCGAGCCGAGCUCUGUUUGUUUGGCAAAGAUGGUUUUAAACUUCAUCGAGGAUAACAACAACGGGGAGAAACAGCGGUGUGGUCGUAGCCGCUGCAACUGUUUUACCGGGAGUGGUACUGAUAGCUCCGACGAUGAAUGUGAGUUGUCUGAUGGUCGGAAAUGUUCUUCCGGUGAAGCUUGUGAAAUCCUCAAGGGUUUGGGUCUCUGUACAAGCCUCCGUGAGAGGAAUUUACUGGCUGAUGUGACCAAGAUUGUGGAAACGAGUAAGAAUUGUAAGCGUAACGAAGAACCAUGCUUGAAAAGUGUAGUGAAUGGGUUGGUGAGCUUAGGUUAUGAUGCAGGUCUAUGCAAAUCUCGCUGGGAGAAAUCACCUUCUUGUCCUGCUGGGGAACAUGAGUAUGUGGAUGUGAUAUUCAAAGAAGAAAGACUGUUGAUCGACAUUGAUUUCAAGUCGAAAUUCGAGAUUGCUCGUGCAACAAAGACUUACAAGUCGAUGCAACAAACUCUGCCUUACAUCUUCGUGGGCAAAGAGGAUCGGUUGCAGAGGAUCAUCAUCCUUAUCACUAAAGCAGCAAAGCAGAGCUUGAAGAAGAAAGGACUUCAUGUGGCUCCAUGGAGGAGAACCGAGUAUGUGAAAUCAAAGUGGAUGUCUUUUCAUGUCCGUGUUGAUCAAAACUCAGAUGAACAAGACAAGAAGGAACCGGUAGAUAUGUUAACUAAAUCGGUAGGUACCAUAAUCUUUGGUGUUUGA